AUGGUUGACAGAACAAUAGCAACUACAUCUGAUUUGACAAAUGUUGAUGAAUGGUAUGAUGCAUCUAUUGAAGGUUUUUCUUCUGUAUCUGAUAAAAAUAAUUGUGCACAAUUAUCAUCAUUACCUAGAGAAUUGAAAGUGAAAGCUAAUAAUGAAACAGAUAAAAAAUCUUCAAUGCAAUCUAGUGUAAAAACUAAUAUGAAUACCAGUCAGAAUAUAGAUCCAGCACCAUUGUGUUAUGAAGAAAAAGCUAUAGAAGAACGUGAGAAAUGUGAUUAUUCAAUUAGAAUUACAUUAGAUAUGGCUAAGAAUGGCACAGCGCCAAGAAAAAUUCGUAUACUUGCUAAUGGUGUUUACGAUUUAUUUCAUCCUGGUCAUGCUCGACAGUUAAUGCAAGCAAAAAAUGCAUUUAAAAAUGUAUAUUUACUUGCUGGUAUUUGCAAUGAUAAAAUAACAAAUAGUAAAAGAGGUCAAACUGUUAUGGAUGAUACCGAACGUUAUGACGGUGUUCGUCAUUGUCGUUAUGUUGACGAAGUGGUGACAGAUACACCAUGGGUGCUUGAUGAUGAAUUUUUAACACAAAAUAAAAUCGAUUUUGUUGCUCACGAUGACAUACCAUAUGAAUCUGAAGAUAGUACCGAUGUUUAUCAACAUCUUAAAUCUCGUGGUAUUUUUAUUCCUACUCAACGUACUGAUGGUAUUUCUACAUCUGAUAUAAUUUGUCGUCUUGUACGUGAUUAUGAUAUGUAUGUACGACGAAAUUUAGCUCGUGGUUAUUCAGCUGAAGAUUUAAGUGUUGGUUUUAUUAAAAAAAAUCAAUUACAAUUACAAGCAAAACUUGAUACAGUUAAAUCAAAAUUUCAUACAUAUGAAGAAGAAUCCAAAAUAUAUAUGGAACAUUGGGAAGAACGAAGUAAAGAAUAUAUACAUAAAUUUAUUUGUUUAUUCGAAAGAGCAAAUGUUUUAAAUUUAUUAUAUCGAACACAUUCAUCAACGAUGAUUUCGAAUAUUCCGAACGAAGAAAAUAAUAUCGAUGAUAUUAUUUCAUCAAAUAAUAAUUGGAAUAAAUUGAAAUCGAAACGACAAUAA